AUGGGAUUCUUAUACUCACAAUUAUUCGUUACUCCUCCCUACCCCGCCCAGUCCUUCGAGGGCCAGACAGUCCUAGUCACCGGGGCAAAUGUCGGCUUAGGGUUUGAAGCUGCACGCCAUAUCACGCGUUUGGGCGCCGCACGAGUCAUCCUCGGUGUGCGCAACGUGGAGGCAGGCACAGCUGCUAAGGAAGAUAUCGAAAAAUUUACAGGACGCACAGGUGUGGUUGAAGUCUGGGAGAUAGACCUAUCCUCCUACGCAUCCGUUAUCGCAUUCAGCGAGCGUAUCUCGAAACUUCCCUGCUUGGAUGUCGCCAUCUUGAAUGCUGCCAUUGCAACAGCGGAGUUCUCCAUCGCCGAAGGCUAUGAGCGGUCCGUCACCGUCAACGUAAUCAGUACCCUUCUCCUCGGCCUUCUCCUUCUACCCAAACUCAAGGCUACCCGGAAGCUGAUCCCGACUCGCACACCCCGCUUGACAUUCGUAGUCAGUGAAGUUCAUGCCUGGGUCGACUUCCCUGAAUGGAAGGAGGAUGCGCCGAUGAAAGAAGUCAGUGACGAAACAAAGGCGAAAAUGAACGAGCGUUACCCCUUAUCGAAGCUGCUCGAGGUGCUGCUCGUGCAAGAACUCGCCGGUCGGGUUCGUGGAUCAGAGGUUACAAUCAAUAUGAUCAAUCCUGGUCUCUGUCACUCACAGCUUGGACGGGAUGCUGGAAUGCGCCUCAUGUUGAUGAAGAUGGUUCUGGCUCGGAGCACUGAGGUUGGCUCACGAACCCUUGUGGCUGGAGCUGCUGCUGGACUGGAAAGCCAUGGUGCUUAUAUGAGUGAUGGGUAUGUGGAGAACACAGCGCUUUCGCCCUUUGUGCGAAGUGAUGAGGGACGCCAGGCUCGGGAACGGUUGUGGGGAGAGUUGUCGGCGAUCCUGGAGAGUGUUUGUCCGGGUGUCAUGCAGAACGUGUAA